UUUCCUACGGACACAGCUGAUCACGUGAUGUGGUAAAAGGCCAAUCACAGCAGCCUUUUACCACGUGAUCAGCCAUGUCCAAUGACACGCUGAUUACCGGGAAAUGCAAUUGCCGGUUCUCGGCUGCACUUUCCUCACGCUGGAUCGGCACUGAUGAUCAGUGCCCUGAUGAUCGGUGCCCAGCAGUGCCACCCACCAGCUCCGCCCACCUGUGCCCAGCAGUGCGCCCACCUGUGCCCAGAAGUGCCACACACCUGUGCCCAGCAGUGCCACCCACUUGUGCCCAGCAGUGCCACCCACCUGUGCGC